UAGCACUCUCCGCGUUCUCCGGAUAUGCCGUCAUCGCGCCUGACAACGGCUGUCAGUUAGACAAUUCAAAAGUAUGUAAGUCCCGUUCACGUCUUCGCGUUGUCAAGACUCAACUUUCGAGACAUCGAGCCCAGCAUCGUUUAGGCGUCAGCAUCACUUGCGUACUCUACAGUUGAAAGGCGUAUCCACUCGUUCACUACCUCUAUUUCUGUCCUCAUGAUUCCUCCUAUUACUUCUAUCCUACGAUGGUCCUUGUUUGCGCAGUGUAUCUCAGCGCAAAUAUCCUCACCUAGCAGCGUGCUCAACUCCUCAAUGUCAACAACCUUUUUCAGUUCGACUACCUCUGGGACGUUAAAUGCUACUGCAACACCAUUAUUCUCGACGCAAACACCCGAUGUCAUAGGCAUAACAGGCCGGUCAACGUUGGUUACGUCUAGAAAUAGUACAGCCACCACGGCUGCGUCGCCACAAGCUUCCAACACUCGGCCCUGCAAUGGACAUGUCGAAUACUGCAAUCGCAAGUUCUCAAACAUCACUCAGGUCAUGGCGCACAACAGCCCUUUUGUAAGAGAGAGAAACGCCGCCAGCAACCAAGCCCUCGAGGUUGAGGUUCAGUUACGAGAUGGCAUUCGAGGCUUGCAGUUCGCGACCAUAAAACCCAACUCCACAUCCGACAUACGCCUCUGCCACUCUUCCUGUGACCUCCUCGACGUCGGCACACUAGAAUCCUACCUCAUCCGCGUGAAGACCUGGCUGGACAGCAACCCCUACGAAGUAAUCGCGAUAAUCAUCGGCAACAAUCCAGGCCAAUCCGACCGCAUCGCCCCCUCCGAAUACGCCGCCGUCUUCCAAUCCGCCGGUAUGCUAGAACACGUCUGGACGCCCCCAGCAAGCAGCAUGAGCCUCUCCGACUGGCCCACACUCUCGCAAAUGAUCCUCCUCCAAAACCGCGUAGUAGUCAUGCUCGACUACGGCGCCGACCAAUCCACCGUCCCCUGGCUCAUGAGCGAAUUCAACUACAUGUGGGAAACUCCCUUCUCGCCCACCGACGCGUCCUUCCCCUGCACACAGGACCGCCCCGCCGACCAAGCUGAAGACGUCUCCCGCGACCGCAUGUACAUGGCUAACCACAACCUGAACAUUGCGCUCACGGCGGAGAUUCUUAUACCUGCGUACUCGCUGCUUAACCAGGUCAAUGCCGAUGCGGGGAAUGGCAGUGUGGGCCUUGCGGCGGCGAACUGCGAGGCGGCGUGGGGAAGGCCGCCGAAUUGGCUGCUGGUCGAUUAUUAUAACUUCGGUACUCCGUUUAAUGGCUCGGUUUUCGAGGUUGCGGCACAGGCGAAUGGUGUGGAGUAUGAUAGGGCUUCGUGCUGUGGGUCGGAGCGUACGAGUGGUGCGGGUUUGCGGAAGAAUUCGGUGGGGUUGGCUGUUUGUGCUUUUCUUUUUGUGUUCGUAUUUUGGGGUUGAUGAAGAGUGUGUUGUGAGGGCAUGGUACGGCGUUUGAACGGUGCUGUUGUGCUCGCGAAGUGUUGGCUUUCUGCCUUUUUGGCUGUUUGGUUGUUUUCGUUCGACAUUCCAUUGAGGCGAAAGGUGUUCUACUUGUUUAGCGUUUGAGUUUGCAUAGCG